UAAUUUUCAAGAGUAGGCAUAGUUUUAAAAUGUAUUAUUUUUCUUAGUCCAUACACAUUAGUACAAGCUGCUUCCUAAGCAUCAAAGAAACAGAAUAACUAUGGAGUGAUCCAUAAUUAUAAUAAUCUUAAGUACCCAAACACUUUUGAAAGCUCAUUUUCUGAUAUUUCCCAGUUUUAACAAGUUCCUCGUUUUUGUCACUUUCAUCAUCAUCCAAAGCACAACUGUAUGUGGGGUAUUUGAAGGGGGCUUGUUGUAAAGUACAGAUUUUGCAAGGUAUUCAUCAACAUGAUUGAAAACCUUUCUGCACCAUGUAGUAUUGGAAGGGAAACCACUUCUAACCCUCAGACUUCAGAAGAAGAGAAAACCGAGACACCAGCAAGUCAGGAGGUAGUCAGUCCUGAACCAUACGUUAAGCAUCCAUUACAAAACAGGUUAUAUAACCAUAUCCAGCUCUCUAGUAACUUAAUGCCCGGUUGUGACUACUCACUGUUUAAGGAUGGUAUUGAGCCCAUGUGGGAAGAUGAGAAGAAUAAACGAGGAGGGCGGUGGCUAAUUACACUAAACAAACAGCAGCGACGAAGUGACCUUGAUCGCUUCUGGCUAGAGACACUGUUGUGCCUUAUUGGAGAGUCCUUUGAUGACUACAGCGAUGAUGUAUGUGGAGCAGUUGUUAAUGUUAGAGCCAAGGGUGAUAAAAUAGCAAUAUGGACUACUGAAUGUGAAAACAGGGACGCUGUUACACAUAUAGGGAGAGUGUACAAAGAAAGGUUAGGACUUCCUCCAAAGAUAGUGAUUGGUUAUCAGUCCCAUGCUGACACAGCUACUAAGAGCGGCUCCACCACUAAAAAUAGGUUUGUUGUUUAAGAAGACACCUUCAGAGUAUUUCAUAGGAGACUGCGUCAAGCAAUCGAGAUUUGGGAGCUGAACCAAAGCCUCUAUAUAAAAGCAGAGUGGACUGCAUUUAAAUCUGAUUUCCAUCUAAAUGUUGCUAAAUUUGUGAAAGUCUCAUUUGCUUUUGUCUUGUACUUCUGUAUUUGUUUUUCUCCCCCAUUUUUGGCUGAAGUAACCUUUAUCCAAUCAAAGAAUUUCAGUACAUUUGCCCACUGAAACUAUAAAGGUCUCCCUAGCCCACUCUGUGAUGCUUCUUAGGAAAGUAAAUAUUAUAUUAAAUAUAUCCCAAAACAGUGCCAUUUCUACAGGGGAAGAAACUACUACUUUUUCACCUUUGCAUUGUAUGCAACAUGUUUUGCUGGUUUGAAAGAAUAGUAUGAUGCAUACAUUUUUCUAGCAAAUAUUUCUUUAUACAGCAUUGUCUUUGCUGUAAUGGAUGCUGAUGGCUGCUAGAUUUAAUUUAUUGUUUCCCUCUCUGAUAACAUUAGUGAUAUUCUAAUUUCAGUUCUUGCUCAUGUAACAUUGGUGAAGGAUCUAUCUGGGAAUAUGACAAAAAGGUUUAAUAAACAUUAAUUUUGUGCAUUCUUUGGUAAUUAUUUUGUAACAUCAAAGCUUUGCUACGAGUUUCAUGCAUUUCAAGUCAAAUCAGUGAUAUGUUUGUGUGAUUUCCUGAACAUAAUUGUGGAUUUUUAAAAAUGUAACACCAUAAUUACAUUCCUUACUAGAAAUAGUAUUCCUGUUUUUUGUAUCUUAUGCUGUAUUUUAACACUUUGUAUUCCUUAGGUUAUAUUUUGCUUUGGUUUAAGAACAGCUCGAACAGAAACGCAGUCCCAUUCAUAUUAAGACAGUGUACAAAACUGUAAAUAAAAUGUGUACAGUGAAUUGUCUUUUA